AGCAGGUACCUGGAGAAGCCGAUGGAGAUCGCCCGCAUCGUGGCUCGCGGCCUAUGCUCUGUGGAAAAGCCGAUGGAGAUCGCCCGCAUCUUGGCUCGCUGCCUGUGGGAAGAGUCCCGGCUCCUCCAGACCGCGGCCACCGCGGCGCAGCAAGGGGGACAGGCCACGCACCCGACAGCAGCCGUGGUGACAGAAAAGCAGCAGAUGCUGGAGCAGCAUCUGCAGGAUGUGAGGAAGAGGGUGCAGGAUCUGGAGCAGAAGAUGAAAGUAGUGGAAAAUCUCCAGGAUGACUUUGAUUUUAACUACAAGACUUUGAAAAGCCAAGGAGACAUGCAGGAUCUGAAUGGAAACAAUCAGUCCGUGACCCGGCAGAAAAUGCAGCAGCUGGAGCAGAUGCUGACGGCGCUGGACCAGAUGCGAAGGGGCAUUGUGAGCGAGCUGGCGGGGCUGCUCUCGGCCAUGGAGUAUGUGCAGAAGAUGCUGGCAGACGAGGAGCUGGCAGACUGGAAGAGACGGCAGCAGAUCGCCUGCAUCGGCGGCCCCCCCAAUAUCUGCUUAGACCGGCUGGAGAACUGGAUAACCUCUCUUGCCGAAUCACAGCUACAGACCCGGCAGCAGAUCAAGAAGCUGGAAGAGCUGCAGCAGAAAGUGUCCUACAAGGGUGACCCCAUUGUCCAACACCGGCCCAUGCUGGAGGAGCGGAUCGUGGACCUGUUCAGGAACCUGAUGAAAAGUGCUUUCGUUGUGGAGAGGCAGCCCUGCAUGCCCAUGCACCCCGACCGGCCCCUGGUCAUCAAAACCGGGGUGCAGUUCACCACCAAAGUCAGGUUGUUGGUCAAGUUCCCAGAGCUGAACUAUCAGCUGAAAAUCAAAGUCUGCAUCGACAAGGACUCUGGGGAUGUCGCAGCACUCCGGGGGUAA